CCUUGUUUGGCAUUAAUUAAUGAUCAACUCUUUGAUUUGAAAUGCUAUUUGCAGGCUAGAUUUCGCUCUCAGAUUUGGGUUGUUUAGUCAUUGAAUGUUAUACUCAUAGAUUUCCUGUCUCGUGAUCGCCUUUUUCUACGUUAAUCAAGGACAUACAUUUUUAUUUGUCAUGGACAUGUUCUUAUUAUACCUGACUGGUUUCUGUCAGAUAUUUGAAUAGAGAAGUUUUUAUGCAUAAUUAUGGUUUAUGCUUCACAUUUUUGUUUCCAAGUUCCGACCUCUCCAUUUGUCUACUUCACGUGCUCGGUGAUUAUAUCUUAGAUAGACGUGUUCAUUUUAAGGCAUCAUGUACUUGACUUUUAUAUGUUCAAGAUGCAUCACAUUUUAAAUUGUAUUCAUAGUGCUUGACUUCGAACAAUUACUUUCUAAUUAUGAACGUUGUGUAUUUCGUAAGUUACUUUUGUGUGUGUCUUUCCUUUCCUUAUGAACAUUAUAGUAUAUGAUUAAUUCUGGAGCAAGCAAAGGACAUGUUAGUUAGCUGUACGCUCUUCGAUGGCUACGAUGAGCUAUGAUUGAUCCUCUCUAUCUAUCUUAUACUAUCUCAAAUCACGCUCUUUUAAACUGAUGCAUGUCUCCUCUUCUUGUAGCGUAUAUACUGCUUUGAUACUAGUGAAACAUAAUAUCACAAUCAGAAGCCACUCCGCCAGGACGAAGACAUUAAAAAUGCAAUUGAAGAUGCAGGAUUUGAAGCAGACAUACUACCUGAGACCAGUACAGUUGGAACAAAACUGCAACAAACCCUGGUUGGACAGUUCACAAUCGGUGGUAUGACAUGUGCAGCCUGUGUAAAUUCUGUUGAAGGUAUUUUAAGGAAUCUUACUGGUGUCAAAAGGGCUGUUGUAGCUUUGGCAACUUCCUUGGGGGAAGUUGAAUAUGAUCCUACUAUAAUUAGUAAAGAUGAUAUAAUCAAUUCAAUUGAAGAUGCUGGUUUUGAAGCUACAUUUGUACAGAGCAGUGAGCAAGAUAAAAUACGUCUGGGGAUUGUUGGUUUGUACAGCCUGACUGAUGCACAAGUUUUAGAAGGCAUGCUCAGCAGCAUGAAAGGAGUAAAGAAGUUUCAUUUGGAUCAGAUAUCAUGUGAACUGGAAGUUCUUUUUGAUCCUGAAGUUCUCAAUUCUAGAUCCCUAGUUGACGGGAUUGAAGGAGGAAGCAAUGGGAAGUUUAAACUACAAGUUAGGAGCCCGUAUGCAAGAAUGGUCUCUAAGGAUAUUGAAGAGAUCACAACUAUGUUUCGACUUUUUACCUCAAGCCUGAUUCUAAGUAUUCCUUUCUUUCUCAUUGGUGUAGUUUGUCCUCAUAUACCAAUGAUAUACUCCAUACUGCUUUGGAGAUGUGGGCCUUUCCUCAUGGAUGAUUGGCUGAAGUGGGCAUUAGCUAGUAUUAUCCAGUUUGGGAUUGGAAAGCGCUUCUACAUUGCAGCUGGCAGAGCUCUUAAGAAUGGUUCAACUAACAUGGACGUGUUGGUUGCUUUGGGAACUACUGCUUCGUAUGUCUAUUCUGUUUGUGCUCUUCUUUAUGGUGCCCUUACUGGAUUCUGGUCUCCGACAUAUUUUGAAACAAGUGCCAUGCUCAUAACAUUUGUAUUGUUGGGGAAGUAUUUGGAAUGCCUUGCAAAGGGGAAGACGUCAGAUGCCAUCAAGAAGUUAGUAGAAUUGGCCCCUGCAACGGCUUUGUUGGUAGUCAAAGAUAAAGGUGGUAAACCUGUUGAAGAAAGGGAAAUAGAUUCAUUGCUCAUUCAGCCUGGUGACACUUUAAAGGUUCUUCCUGGUACAAAGAUUCCUGCUGAUGGAAUCGUUACAUGGGGCUCAAGUCAUGUAGAUGAGAGUAUGGUAACUGGUGAAGCUGUGCCUGUUUCAAAGGAAGUUAAUGCAUCUGUUAUUGGAGGUACUAUAAAUUUACAUGGUGUCCUUCACAUUCAAGCCACCAAAGUAGGAGCUGAUACAGUUUUGAGUCAGAUAAUUAGUUUGGUAGAGACAGCUCAGAUGUCCAAAGCCCCUAUUCAGAAAUUUGCUGAUUAUGUAGCAAGCAUUUUUGUGCCUACGGUUGUUUCUUUGGCAUUGUUGACGUUAUUGGCUUGGUAUGUUGCUGGAGCCCUGGGAGCUUAUCCUGAUGAAUGGCUGCCAAAAAAUGGAAAUCACUUUGUUUUUGCUCUUAUGUUUGCAAUAUCUGUGGUGGUGAUUGCAUGUCCCUGUGCACUCGGGUUGGCAACACCAACUGCUGUCAUGGUAGCAACAGGAGUUGGUGCUAAGAAUGGGGUGUUAAUUAAAGGAGGAGAUGCCUUGGAAAAGGCUCAGAUGGUGAAGUACCUAAUAUUUGAUAAAACGGGCACUCUGACUCAGGGAAAAGCCACUGUUACGACUGCCAAGGUAUUCACAGGAAUGGAACGGGGAGAGUUCCUUACACUUGUGGCUUCUGCUGAGGCUAGCAGUGAACACCCGCUGGGGAAGGCAAUAGUAGAGUAUGCGCGCCAUUUUCAUUUCUUUGAUGAGUCAUCUGCAGCAACUGGUACCAAAGAUGCUGCCAAGGAGAUUAAAGCUGGAUGGCUUUAUGAUGUCUCAGACUUCUCUGCUCUUCCAGGAAGGGGUGUCCAGUGCCUUUUACAUGGGAAGCGUCUUCUGGUUGGCAACAGGAAGCUAAUAGUGGAAAGUGGCAUAAAUGUUCCAACCCAAGUGGAAAAAUUUGUGGUGGAGCUGGAAGAAAGUGCGAAGACAGGGAUACUUGUUGCAUAUGGUGAUGAAUUAAUUGGCGUCUUAGGGGUUGCAGACCCACUGAAAAGAGAAGCUUCUGUGGUUAUAGAAGGCCUCCGGAAAAUGGGUGUCAGGCCUGUUAUGGUUACAGGAGAUAACUUGAGAACAGCUCAGGCUGUGGCCAAGGAGGUCGGAAUCGAAGAUGUAAGAGCAGAGGUGAUGCCAGCAGGGAAGGCUGAGGUUGUUCGUUCAUUCCAAAAAGAUGGAAGCAUAGUGGCAAUGGUGGGUGAUGGAAUUAACGACUCUCCCGCAUUAGCUGCUGCAGACGUCGGCAUGGCAAUCGGGGCUGGCACUGAUAUUGCAAUAGAAGCUGCAGACUAUGUACUGAUGAGAAACAAUCUGGAAGAUGUGAUCACAGCCAUUGAUCUCUCGAGGAAGACAUUUUCUCGGAUUCGAUUGAACUAUGUAUUCGCAAUGGCUUAUAAUGUUGUUGCUAUCCCGGUUGCUGCUGGGGUUCUCUACCCUUCAUUAGGGAUUGAGCUGCCUCCUUGGGUUGCUGGUGCAUGCAUGGCUCUCUCAUCUGUUAGUGUUGUUUGCUCUUCUUUGCUUCUUAGGAGAUAUAGAAAACCCAAACUUACCACAAUACUUGAAAUAGUUGUAGAAUAACUAGAAAUUUGUGACAAUGCUUGAGCUUGGAUUAGUCCGUAAAGCCAGUAACGGUUAAUACCAAAAGAAGAAAUUAAUGAAAAAAGAUCAUAGAUUUUUGUGUUAAGUGUAUAAACGAGUUGAUUUGGGGAUAUGUAAUUCCAAUUUUUGUGCAUUCCCCUCAACUGAGUGCACCACCUCCUGGGGGUUUCAUUUGUAAAUUUGCACAUCUGUUAUUAUUACAAAGCUCUCUCUCUCGGUCGCUCGCUCAA